AUGAGAAGGCAACUCCGGUCCAGAAGGGCUCUGGCCUUUCCUUCUGGUUAUCACUACAGACUUAAUGAUCAGGAUGAAGUGAAUCAGAACUACUUAGCAGAUGAAGAGGAAGAAACAGAGGAAGAGGCCCAGGUGAGGAUGGUGCCUGAUUUGGAGGAGGAGGAGGCAGAAGAGAAUGAGGAACAGGAGGAGAAAGAAGAGGAGGAAAAGGAAGAGGAAGAGGAUCAUGGUCAGCCAACAGGCAUUUCAGCUUGGUGGCAGAAAUUGCAGAUCAUGAAUGAAUACCUGUGGGAUCUGGAGAAAAGGAUGUCUCUGGCCCGAACAGGCCUGAUCUUGGUCAUUUACUUCUUCUUCUAUGCCUCCCUGCCUGCUGUGAUCACCUUCUGCAUGUACACGUUAUUUCUGACCAUCAGUCCUUACAUGCCGACCUUCACUGAGAGGGUGAAGCCUCCUGGAGUUAUGAUCAGACCCUUUGCCCAUAGCCUUAACUUCAACUUCAACGUUUCUGAACCUGACACUUGGCAGCAUUAUGUGAUUAGCCUAAAUGGCUUUCUCCAGGGCUAUAAUGACAGUCUUCAAGAGGAAAUGAAUGUUGAUUGUCCCCUGGGGCAGUACUUUAUUCAAGAUGGCAAUGAGGAUGAGGACAAGAAGGCCUGCCAAUUUAAGCACUCCUUCCUGAAGAACUGCUCUGGUCUGGAGGACCCCACUUUUGGCUACUCUACUGGACAACCCUGCAUCCUCCUGAAGAUGAACCGGAUUGUAGGCUUUUGUCCUGAACUUGGAGAUCCUGUGAAGGUUUCCUGCAAAGUUCAGAGAGGUGAUGAAAACAACAUCCGAUCCAUCCAUUACUACCCAGAAUCGGCUUCUUUUGACCUCCGCUACUACCCUUAUUAUGGCAAACUGACUCAUGUUAACUACACCUCUCCGCUGGUGGCAACCACAGACGUGGUGAAGAACCAAGCAGUGCCUGUGCAAUGCCAACUGAAGGGCAAAGGCAUCAUAAAUGAUGUCAUCAAUGAUCGCUUUGAGGGUACGGUAAUCUUUACCCUGAACAUAGAAACCUAA